CUAAAUAAAUACAUAAUUUUCUGAGAUAUGCAUAUUUUAAUUACGGGGAAAAACAUAAGAAAUUGGAAAGAGAUUCAAGAUAUUUUCAGCUCUCUAUAAAGUACACUUCUCACUCACACGGUCUCACCAAAAUCACAGAAGAGGAGAAGAGAAGAAGAAGAAGAAGAAGAAGAAGAAACAAAAUCAUCACAUCGCACAAAAUUGAUCUGUAAUGGAGAAGAAUGCAUCCAGUUCAUCGUUGGGUCCGGGCGGGCUGGAUCUGACAAGUGCCUUUUUCAAGCCGAUCCAAAACUCCGAUCCUCCUAUCCCCUCCAACCGCUGCACCAAGAUCUCCGUCAUCGGAGUCGGCAACGUCGGCAUGGCCAUCGCUCAAACCAUCCUCACUCAGGAUCUCGCCGACGAAAUCGCCCUCGUCGACGCCAAGCCCGAUAAGCUUCGAGGCGAGAUGCUCGAUCUCCAGCACGCCGCCGCUUUCCUCCCCCGCACCAAAAUCACCGCUUCCGUCGACUACGAAGUCACCGCCGGAUCCGAUCUCUGCAUCGUCACCGCCGGCGCCAGGCAGAACCCAGGCGAGUCAAGGCUCAACCUGCUUCAGAGGAACGUCUCUCUCUUCCGCCACAUCAUCCCUCCACUCGCCAAGUCAUCUCCCGAUUCAAUCUUACUCAUCGUCUCCAACCCCGUCGAUGUUUUGACCUACGUCGCCUGGAAACUCUCCGGUUUCCCGGUGAAUCGAGUGCUUGGAUCCGGUACCAAUCUCGACUCCUCCCGAUUCCGAUUCUUAAUCGCGGAUCAUCUCGACGUCAAUGCUCAGGACGUACAGGCAUUUAUCGUGGGAGAGCAUGGAGACAGCUCGGUGGCGUUGUGGUCGAGCAUAAGUGUUGGAGGCAUCCCUGUCCUGAGCUUCUUGGAGAAGCAGCAGAUCGCUUACGAGAAACAAACCCUUGAGGACAUUCACCAAACCGUUGUUGGCAGUGCCUACGAAGUCAUCGGGCUAAAGGGCUACACUUCUUGGGCCAUUGGCUACUCUGUCGCGAACCUGGCUCGAACCAUCCUCCGAAACCAGCGCAAGAUCCAUCCGGUCACGGUGCUUGCUCGUGGAUUUUAUGGUGUCGAAGGCGGUGACGUCUUCCUCAGCCUCCCGGCUCUGCUUGGACGCAACGGCGUGGUCGCUGUGACCAAUGUGCAUAUGACUGAUGAAGAGACCGAGAAGCUGCAGAAGUCUGCAAAGACUAUACUGGAGAUGCAGAGCCAGUUGGGACUUUGAACAUCAUCUUUCUGUCUGCUUCAGAUUUUAAACUUUUUAUGUGUUAUGAUUCAUUGUCAUUAUCAUCCCACGGAUGGUCAAUGUUGAUCUCUACAUGUUGUGUAAAUGCUUGUUCAUGCUGAAUGAUUCCACCUUUGAGUUCUUUAGAUUUUAACGAAGAAAAAGAAUGAUGUGAGGAUAAAGAAGUUUCAUAAUCUC